UUUUACCUUAACCUUUUAGGAUUCAAGUCUAUUCAUCAGGAGACAAAUGUUGUACAAACUAGAUAGAUUCACUGAAGAACAACUACAAUAGACGAAGGAGAUAUUCAGUGUUAGCUCAUGCUUAAUUUAUUUGAUAAAGUAGAACAUGUCAGAUAAGCAAGCUACGUUCGAGUACCAGCCACCUGAGAACGAAGAGAAGAAGCAAGUCAGAAGACUAGGACUGUAUGAUCAACGAGCAAGAGCAUUAGAGAAUCAUCAUUAUUUUUCACAGGAGUAUUAUGAAUAGUGAUACAACGAUUAUGCACGCGUUAAUAGACACUGAUAUGAUGAAGAUACAUGUGAAUCUGAACCAUGUGACGAGGAUGAAAGAAGUAAAUCUCCAAGCAAAUCAUUAAUGAAAUAACGCCAAAUGAAAUCUCAUAUUUGGUAAAUCAAGAGCUAAGAUCUAGAGAAAAAACCUGAUCCAUAAAACUCUCUAGUAAACUAUAGGCCCUAAUAUCAAUC